AUCCCUCUACCUGUACUCGCAGUCCACGCAGGAGAGUUCCAACAACGGGAAUGGAAUUACCAUUGAUCAUUCACUGAAAGCGCCACAUUGCUUGUCAAACCACGUUGUAUUUCAAAUGAAUGCUCGUGUGACGUCAGACCAACGGACAAAUAUCAACAUCGACCACAGGCGUUUAUAAUAGUUACGAUGUGGGUCAGUACAUGAGCUUGCUGACAAUAACAGUUAGGAUCGAGAUAUAUACUAAACAAGCCGCACCAUGCCGAAGAGGAAAAGAACUUCGUCCCCGUCGAAGGGCCCAGGAGGGAAGAAGGCUAAGACAGCAUCCGCGACCACCUCCCCUCCCCCCGCGACGACCACGGCGGACAUUGUCACAACCUUAAAGACAGACACCACCAAGAAGAAGUUCCAUAAGCCUGACGAACAUUGUAAACUGACCAAUGUCGAGGUUUAUGAAGACUAUGACUGCAUGCUGAACCUGACCAACAUCGGCAAGAAUAACAACAAAUACUACGUCAUCCAAGUGCUCAAGUUGAAGACUGGUGAUCAGUAUCACGCCUGGAUGAAGUGGGGACGGGUGGGUGAAGUACGAGCGCAUUCCCUGAAAGGUCCGUUCAGCUCUGCCCAAAAGGCAGUUGACCUCUUCGUGCAGAAGUUUAACGACAAGACCAAGAAUGAAUGGGCGGACAGAGACAGCUUCGUUCCUGUCAAGGGCAAGUACACCCUCCUAGAAAUGGCAGACGACAAUGAAGAAGAGGAUGCCAAGACGCAUGCGCGACUUGCGGGUCUUAGUGAUGACGCCAUCAUGAAGCCGUGCUCAUUGGACAAGGAGACACAGAGACUUCUCAACUUAAUAUUCGAUAACAACAUGUUCAAAGACGCCAUGAAGAAGUUAGACCUUGACGUGAAGAAAAUGCCUCUUGGCAAGCUCAGCAAACAUCAGAUCGCCAAGGGUUACGAAUGCCUUGAAGAGCUGGAGUCUGUGCUGAAAGCAGCCAAGCCAAACCGCGCCAAGUUGACUGAGCUCUCCUCGCGCUUCUAUACGCUGGUGCCUCACAACUUCGGGCGGCGGCGACCUCCGGUCAUCGAAGAGAUGGACGUGGUGCAGAGUAAGUACGACAUGUUGGCGGUUCUUGGCGACAUUGAAAUCGCUCAAGGAAUACAGAAGAAGAAGCACAAGACACUCUCGAACACGAAAUCAAGAGAAGUUCUUCACCCCCUCGAUAUCAACUACGGGCUGCUUGGGUGUGACCUUGAACUCAUGGACAAGGAGAGCAACGAAUACAAAAUGCUGGAGACGUAUUGUGAAGCUACACAGGGUUACCGCAAGGUCAGCGUUGACCAGAUAUGGGCGGUGAACAGACAUCCAGAGGUGAAAAGAUUUGCCGUCCACGACAAGAUCGUGAACCGGAAGUUGCUAUGGCACGGUACCAAUGUGGCAGUGGUGGCGGCCAUCUUGGAAGGUGGUCUCCGCAUCAUGCCUCACAGUGGAGGACGAGUUGGACGGGGCAUAUACUUCGCAUCCGAGAAUGGAAAGUCAGCUGCUUAUGUGCGGACAACGACUGAUAAAAAGGGCAUCAUGUUUUUAACUGAGGUUGCCCUUGGUAACGAGCAGCACAUCACACGUGACAAUUCUUCCUUGACUGAGCCUCCCAGCGGCAAGGAUAGUGUCAUCGCAAAAGGUUGGACAGAGCCAGAUCCAGCAAAGGAUAAGGACUUGGUCAAGGAUGGAAAGAAAAUAGUUGUUCCACAAGGUGAGCCAGUCAAACAAGACAAAUAUGUCAACAAUAGCAGCUUUGGGCAGAGUGAAUACUUGGUGUACAAGGAAAGCCAGGCGAGGAUGCGAUAUCUCAUUCUGGGAGAUUUCAGCUACUGAGAGACAAUGCGAAAUGCGGUCGCACCAUUCUUUCUCAUUUCACCGCAGAUAUGGAUGGUUGAGGCGGAGGAGACUGAGUAAAUUAUGCCGUUAGUGUUACUCCUGUAAGAUCUGCUUCACGUGCUUUCGGCAAUUGUCGUCAUAUUACAAGUGUCCCAUACAGGUAGAAAACAAAGGCUAUUAUAAUGAUGGUUGACUAAUGGUUGGUACCGAGCUGUCAUAAGCUUUGGGAAUGUCAAGUCAAUUGUUUUUAUUUGUAACCGAAGCAUUCAAUGUAUUAUAUUCGCCUGAAUGCCGUUCAAACAACUCAUAAUUGUUAUAGUAUUCAAGUUACACCCUGUUGUGUAACGCCUUUGUAGUUGGGCGUUUGUUCGGAGUCGAUGUGAGAAUAAAUUAUAUGGUUGUCAGA